GGAGCGCUUACACUGCUGAACAUGGGGUGCAUUCGUAAAUUCCCUCAGGCUAUAUACUCCGAUUUCAGAACACUCGUCUGAGUGUGCAAGAGAAUUAUGAAUUUACGAACGCUCAACACCCGUAUAUGGCCAGUGUCAGUAAACGUCGGCAAAAAUGCGUAAUGAAAUUGUUGCCAGCAGCACAGUUGCAGUCACCAACGCUCUGGAUAACAUGAAAACAGCUUAACCAUCUCUGCUAGGGUGAGAAAUGGUCUGGAAGUAGCUUGCAAGCUAGCUAACUUUAGCCAGUUAGCUUGGGUGCUUGACAGCCGUUGUGAGGUCAGAACACUCGGAUCAACCCCACUCCUCGACCAGAGCGUCCAGUGUGCGCUCUAAACGCUCCGAGAGCGAAACUCUGAUUUUACGAACGGACAAUCUGACAAAGCUCUGAGCAGACUCUGACUGGGUGCUCUCUGGCAUUCCAGAGUGAAUUUACGAACGCUCCCCGGAUAGAACAAGGCCGCGCUUGUUUUUGUUGGACCUAUGUUGCCAUGACAACAGCGCAAGUUCUAUCCCUAUUUUGAAAGCGUUUUCCACUGGCACAUUUGCUUCCUAUUUACAAACUUUCUCAGAAAAUACUAGGCACCGAGGUGUAAUCAUGGCUGAUCCAGUGGCAACGACGACCGAAGGGCCACCAACGGAUGGAAAAUCAGUCAAUCUCAUUGGGAAUCUGUUGAGAAGAGUAUCAAGAGCCGAGCCUGUUCCUGAUGACGAUGAGGAAGAGGAGGAGGAGCUUCCCCCACCACCACCACUAAUUCCACGAGGCCCUCUAAAAGGAUGUCUAACAGUCCAUCUGAAAAACUGCAGGGAUUUCAAUAAAAACGCUUCCAUAAAGAAAGGCACCCAGGGCUUCCUGAGGGCGAGUAUUGGGGAGAAGGUGAAGUGCACUAUGGUCCAGCCCUACAAGGACUCCAAGGCUGAGCGCUCCAAGUUCCCCCUCUGCUUCAACGAGUGGAAGUAUUUCUCCAUACAGAUUCCUAAGAGCACUGAUAACACGCUGGGUGUCUGUGAGUCACACCGUCUGGGGGUGGAGCUCAUCUUCUUUGAGCAGGACACGGGCGUUCCCAAGCUCAUAGGAAAGACCUUUGUCAAACUGCUGGACAUCGUCAGUAAAUCACAAAUGAACCACCUGCUGGAGCUGAGGCUCAAGCGCCAGGUCAUCUGUAAGCUGGAGAUGGAGAUGGUGAUUGCGUAUGGAUCCCUGGGUUACGGAUACUCCCACCAGUUGAAGCACCCAAAUAGAAACAUGGAGAGCCUAGUGGAGCGCUCGCUCUUCCUCCGCUGUCCACCACCGGACGACCGCAAAGACCAUCACUAUAAUGUGGUCACUCCUAAGCCAGUACCUUAUUCAGACUUCAUCGCAGCGCUGAUGUACAGAGAGACCACCAACCCAGACAACAGGACGACUUACCCCUCAAACAGCACAAUAUCCCCCAUCAUCCUGGAAUGUAUGGAGAAGAGGGGCAGGCUACUGCAGAUGCACGAGGAGAUGGAGGCGUUUGAGUCGUCCGAGGACUCCCUGCAGUACCUGGAGAAACUGGUGAUGAAGAAAGGGAUUAGAACCGGUACCCCCUGGAGGAUGAACAAGAGGUUCAAGGUUCUCUCUAAGUGGAGGAAAAAGGCAACGAUGGUCUCCAAGCUGCUCAAUUUUGGAGGCUGUUCAGAGGCGGCGAAACAACAGAGAGACAACAUGUUGCCCACAGGGCCAUUGGGUGUGACUCCCCCUGUGCCACUUUUAAACUGCCUUGCCAUGCAACAGGAGAAAAUACCCUUAGUCAAUGAGAAUGAAGUGUCUGAAAUGAGCAAGUCUCCAUCUCCCAGAAAGACCCUGGCUGCAGCAUCUGGCCUGUCCACAUGUAUGGCCUCCACCCAGGUUGCCCAGUCAGCCCCAUUCUCUCCACCUCCAUCUGAUCAAUAUACCACACCACCAACAGUAGCCACCCCACCUACAGUAGCCACCCCACCUACAUCAGCCGUGGCCCAUAAGGCAUCUCCCCCUAGCAGUGUGGCCUCCAGCUCCAUGGACCACCUUGUCCAGUCCAGGGCCACCUCUUCCCCCAGACACGUCACCCUGGUCCUGCCUGAGGGUCCCGCCACCCCAGCUUCCACCUCAGCCUCCACCUCCGCUCAGCCCAGUACCAGACACAUCCCUAAACCCACCAAUGUGGCCGCAGCCCCCGUUCCCAUCCACCUGACCUCCCUCUGUGUUCUUACUACCCUGGAGGAAGAAGGGGAGGAGGAAGACGGAGAGGAGGAAGACGGAGAGGAGGAAGACGGAGAGGAGGAGGUCGGGAAGAAAAAGGAGGUGCAUGCUACAGUAUCGUCCUCCCUCCUCAAGACGCUCUCCUCUCUGACGCUGACCCCCGAGGUGGCCCUCCAUGCCACCCUGGUGCACUCGCACCAACAGAGCAGGCAUGGGCAGCUGGAGGAAUGUCAGCCAGCUAACCCCAGCUACCAGCAGGAGGAGUGUCAGCCAGCUAACCCCAGCUACCAGCAGGAGGAAUGUCAGCCAGCUAACCCCAGCUACCAGCAGGAGGAAUGUCAGCCAGCUAACCCCAGCUACCAGCAGGAGGAGUGUCAUCCAGCUAACCCCAGCUACCAGCCUUACCAGGGGAGCCCGUCCAGGGGGAAGAGUGACCGAGACCAGGGGAGGACUGGUAGUGGUGCCGCUGGAGGAGUGAGGGAGUCGGGGUGGACCCAGACCCAGAGAGAGGCUGCUGGAAUGGGCAGCAUUGGAAGUCGGUGGAAGCUGAAUUUUGCUGGGCUUGGCUCUCUUGGUUCCGGAGGGCAGAGGAGGGAAGAAGAUGCCCCAUGCAGCAGCACUGCCUUCAGGUCCCCUACACUGAUCGACCUGGCCCCACCACGGCUGCUGGGGGCCUGGACCGAGAACAUUGCCACUGUGCCGACACCCAUAGGAGGGGGUGGGGGAGGCCUGGACUGGAGAUCUGGAGGUCUGCCUGCUGCCCAGAGAACCAGCCCGACUCUCUGCUCUCAGUUAAUCUCCCCCCUGUCCAUCCCGCCGUCAUCCGACCCUCUGAGCCAAAGCCCUCUGACGCGCUCCCCCCUGCCGCACCUCGGCUCACGGGCCACUGACACACCUUCUCCAGACCUGGAAACCUGGACCCUAGAUAGUUCUCCCUUCCUCGGUGGCAUGCUGUGUGAGUCCAACCCUCCAGAUCUACGUGUAGGCCAAACCAGCGGUGGCAGCAACACUGACAGGCACACCCAGAGACCAGGAGGAGCCAGCUCCAGCACAGAACCACUCACCACACUCAACUCCUGGCUCAGAUGUGACAAUCUCCCCACCGGAGCUGGCUCAGACUCUGGACAGUGGUCCCUCCUCUCAGAGAUCGACAUGUCACCACUCCGCAGCGGACUGGUCUUCUCCCCCCUUACCCCCAUCUCCACCUCCGACCCCCUCACCCCCAGCUCCUCCCCUACCAGAAGCACCAGAGUCGGCAAGCCAGGCAAGGAGAGACCCAGGGUCGUGGAGACACCGCAUUCCCCAUAUCACAGGCGCAGCAGAGACCACAGAGAUUAUUAUGGGAAGAUGUAGCAAAAAUAUAUAUUUUUUGGCAGCCUAUUUUGUCAAGUUCAUUGCCUUUUACUUGGGAAAUUAUCUGAUUCGGUUAUCUAAGUAUUAAUUCAAAUGUUUAUUUUAUCAAAGAAUUUAGUUAAGAUGAACUAUGUUUUUUUAUUGAUAAAAUAGGACAGGACCUCUAAAGCGGAACUAAUUUAAUGAGGGGUUUUGUUUCAGUGAAAGCAGAGGAAUGUUUUGACCGCAGGACCGUUCCCAAACUUUGGUGGUUGGUGCUGGCCUGGUGAUAGUCUGCCAUGGAGAGAGAUGGGAGUAGUGUUACAUCAUCUCUCUAGGUGGUUGGUGCUGGCCUGGUGAUAGUCUGCCAUGGAGAGAGAUGGGAGUAAUGUUACAUCAUCUCUCUAGGUGGUUGGUGCUGGCCUGGUGAUAGUCUGCCAUGGAGAGAGAUGGGAGUAAUGUUACAUCAUCUCUC